CGAGGGAACCCCUUGACUUCUCGUCUGCUUCUCUGCGUUUUUCUCUCUUUCUCUUUGUACGCGGCUUUUGUGUUUCCCGGCUAAUAAUAGCGCUCCCACCACACCUCUUCUCCUGCUUUAUCAUAGUCAUGCGUGCAGUGGAACUCAGUUCCCCUUGCGUUGCUCUGUCACCUCCUUCGCAAUUGUGGUGGGGUUGUCAAUUACGAGUGCGACCGGAUCGAGUAGCGUCGGAUUGGGAUAGGAAAACUGAGUUUUCUGGGUAAGAUCCACUGCCGCGUAAUUCUCGAGCGAGACGCGGUGUUGUAACUCGGAGGAGUGCUGUUGGUAAGGUUUAGGCGCAGUGGUAGCAAGGAAUUGAGCGCAUUCUGAACUCGGACGGUAACUGAGGCUGACUGUGGACGAUUUUAAGGAGGAUCGGCACGAUUGGAUAGCAAUUGGUGGCAUUUGCUUUCGGUGGUUUGAGUUUGCGGUUGUUUUAAUCGGUUGUUGGUGAGUGAGGAACGCUGGAGUUGAGUGGCGGUGGUAAUAGAGAGGGGAGUGUUGAGUUGUUGUGUGUGUAUCGGGGAGUGAGACUCUACGAAGUCGGUUGUUGUCGGUUACGCGGAGAGGAGGAACGCCUCAUUUCCCGAUUUCGAUUGAUUUGUUGUCGAGUCGAAGCCAAGGUGCGAAAGAUCGAAGAGAGGAAGUGGUGCGCUUCAAGCGCGAUUGUAUGAGGCACUAGAGGAGGCGCUCAUCGCGCGGCUUGCUGCGCGAAAUACGAAACGGCCAAAUUAAAGUUCCUGUCGUGGGUUCGGAAGAGAUUAGUCGAAAUGGCCGUCCUCGCAGUCCGAAUGGAGGCUCUCCUCUCUCCAUUGAUGAGUGGGGAGCAGUUUCGCUAUGCUUACAACAAUGUCGCAGCGCAUUCUCACCAUCAUGUCGUUGCGGGACAUACUAGCUGUUUAGACUCCGAUGUGGAGGAUGACGAUGAUGAUGAUUUUACGGAAGACCUUGUCCAAGCUUGGAAGUUGUCUAUUGGAGCCAAUCGCUACGGGUGUACACACUACAAAAGGAGAUGCAAGAUCCGUGCUCCGUGCUGCAAUGAAGUCUUCGACUGCCGGCAUUGUCAUAAUGAAGCCAAGAGUGUUAAUGAAACAGACGACAAAAAACGCCACGAGAUUGACCGGCACCUCGUUGAAAAGGUCAUCUGUUCAUUGUGCGACCAUGAGCAAAAUGUACAACAAGUAUGUGAAAAGUGCGGGGUCUGUAUGGGCGAAUUCUUCUGCUCGAAGUGCAACUUCUUUGACGAUGAUACCUCGAAGGAUCAAUAUCAUUGCGACAAAUGUGGGAUCUGCAGAACUGGUGGACGUGACAACUUUUUUCAUUGUGAUCGUUGUGGCUGUUGCUACUCAGUUAAAUUACGCGAGGGUCACACCUGUGUUGAGAAGUCUAUGCACCAAGACUGUCCAGUUUGCAUGGAGUACAUGUUCGACUCACUGAAGGACAUCACAGUUUUAACGUGUGGUCAUACUUUGCACCUGGAAUGUCUACAAGAGAUGCAUAGUCAUUAUAAGUACAAUUGUCCACUUUGCAACAAGUCCGUUUGCGAUAUGUCAUCUGUCUGGAAGGAGAUUGACGAAGAGAUUGCUGCAACUCAAAUGCCAGCAAAUGAAAUGAGAAUGGUUUGGGUCUUCUGUAAUGAUUGUGGUGCCACAAAUGAAGUGCAAUAUCAUCAUGUUGGACAGAAGUGUGGAACUUGUCCAUCUUACAACACUCGUCCCACAGAUGCUCCAGCCUCACUUGCCUCAUCUAGAUCGUAAGUGACGCUUACGCAGACUCUAUGAUCUCUACCAGGUUCCGAACUUGCUCCGAAACUCUAUGGGUAAAUCAUGUGGCUAGCUUGCAACCCUUCUAUUUGCACCUCGAAGAACAGCUUAAUCUGAGAGCAACAUGAAGUGGUGGGAUACCGGCAUACAAUUUAUUGCCUAACAAUCAGGCAAUCAUUUCACCGCAUCCCCUUCAUAUCUAGAGUAGGUUAAACGAUUAGUUCGUAUCGAGACGGGGAUGUUUUGAACUGAGUUUCAGCGAUUGCUUAGGGUUUUCAGUCCUCUUGGAAAUUUUCAUUAUAUACAAUUCAUUAGCUACAAAUAGUGUAAAAGACUUUGCCAUUGACCAAGUUUGUUCUCAUUAAAUUAUUAACUAAUGAGAGGUGGAAUUGCUGACUGUAAUUUGCAGUGAAUGCUGCUGACUCCUACACAAAAUCCUGAUGUAAAAGUGACGGUUUAUUUUUAACAUAGUUGACAUUGCUUGGUAGUUCGACGUAUUUAGUGCCAGGUAACCUCACCACCAGUUGCCAAUAUUUUAUAUAGUCAUGCUUUGCUACCACAAUGCCCUUAACCGUUGAAUACAUCCUAAAACUUCAAA